AUACAAAGUUAGCAUCCUUCAUACAUACAUAUAUGGAUUGUAUAUAAAUUGAUUCUACUGGUCCAUCUGCGGUUCUAUUAAAUUAGUAACAAGUGAAAUUAUACCUGCCCGAAAGAAAUUUUAAUUGCAAACUAAAUUGAGUAUAAAAUCAGUAGGAGUGUAUAAUAUAAGGAAAUAUGUAUUGUUUAAAUAACGAAUACACAAUUUCUUUAACGAUUUCCGUUUUGUACUGAGAUUUAUUAAUGCAACUUCCGCUGUGGGAAUACUGUGCUCAAGUACGAUACGUACGUGCACUUCUAAAGACAUUAGUAAUGAUGCAGCAUAACCGUUAAAUUCCAAAAUACAGCAUUUUUUCUUAUUGGUUAUACGGUAUGACACUAAAAACACUGAAUCUAUUUUAUGGCAUUGAAGAAUAGACCAGAGAAUAAUUUUGCAAAUGUUCGCUGUCGAACCUGCACCUUCUCAUUGGUUUAUGUUCUCUGGAUAAACGUUGUCAUUAAAAGUGACAUGCUGCAUGAAUGGACUGUUAACAUACAUAAAAAUACGUUUGCGACUCAACAGAGAAUUUGCAAUUGUAUGCAAAUAGGUGAUAUACUGCAGCUGCUUAACGAAACUUCCACGAAAAAAUGGAGGUCGAGGAGUUGACCGAUAUAUUUUACACCAGCGACAAAAAGGGUCAGGUUUGUCGCGUCAAAUUAAAUGGUCAGGGAUUUACUUUGCAACGCGAAACCACUAAUAACCGCUCCAGAGAGCAACUCAUUGGAUUGGAGGAUAUAGUUGGUAGUCGCUGUAUUGUCGUGAAGAAAGAUCGACGCGGCUGCUCCAUGCUCUGUAGUUCCGCAGCACAAAAUGAUGGAAAUCGUAGCGAUAGUGGUGAUGACACAAAAAAGAAAUAUAAUGCUAUUACCUUUCAGCAUAACGAUGCCAGCGCGUAUCUAUAUGUCUUUGCAUAUAUACUAAAUAAGAAACACCUACGUAAUAUCAUACGUCGUGAACGUACUGUCUUGAAACUGCGCUUCCGUUCUUUUGAUACUUUUGGAGAUAAUAUGCGCGAAGCAGAACGUUGGUAUCAUACAGUUAGAGCGUUUAAAGGACGCAGUUUGGGCUGUAAUGACAUCGAUGAACGACGUAUAUUGGUUUUAUUGAAUCCGAAAUCUGGUUCUGGUAAGGCACGGGAGAUUUUCAAUCGUCAGGUAGUUCCAGUCUUAAAUGAAGCUGAGCAACCUUAUGAUUUGCAUGUAACCAAGCACGCCAAUUAUGCGCGCGAAUUUGUGCGUGUGAAAGUUUUAGAUAACUACAGUGGCAUUGUGGCAGUUGGUGGCGAUGGCCUAUUCUUUGAGAUACUAAAUGGCCUGCUGAUGCGUGCUGAUUGGUUGGAUGCACGUAAUAUACUUUUGGGCAUAGUGCCAUGUGGUUCCGGAAAUGGUUUGGCACGUUCCAUUGCGCAUGUGUGUGGGGAACCCUAUGAACCAAAGCCAAUCUUGGGCGCUACACUUACGAUGCUAAGUGGCAAGUCGAUGGCCAUGGAUGUUGUGCGCGUCCAACAACAAAAUCAGAUUCUCUACUCGUUCCUCUCGGUAGGUUGGGGUCUUAUCUCAGACAUAGAUAUCGAAAGUGAACGCCUACGUUCGCUUGGUUAUCAAAGAUUUACCAUUUGGACAUUGCAUCGUUUAAUUAGUUUACGUACAUAUCGCGGCAAAGUAUCAUAUCUUCCAAAGGAAAAUGUUUACAUGGAAAGUGACACAAUAUCAUUGGCAGAGCCGCUGCCACUAAAGCAUAGUAGAAGUUGUAAUACAUGUUUAGAUACGAUGAAUAGCGGUUGUUUUCAAUCCACCGAUUGCAUUGAAGCCAGCAAAUACUAUGACGUCAUUUCACUGCAAAACUCUAUCAGUCAAUCGCUGAAAUCACGUUGCGAUAGUUGGUUCUCGCCUGCUUCCUGUCGUAGUACUUAUCAUUCCGUGUCGGAGAGUAUUUAUCACAGCGUCGAUGGUGGAAGUGAUGCAGAAUCGCAUUUGCAACACAGCAAUUUGAGUGUUCAUUUAUGUGGCCCGACGGGUAGCGCACCAACGCUGAAUGAGCCGGUGCCUGCAUCGUGGGUGGUGGAGGAGGGCGAAUUCGUGAUGGUGCAUGCCGCCUAUCAAACUCAUUUGGGCAGCGAUUGUUUCUUUGUGCCGCAAGCCAAAUUCAACGAUGGCAUCAUUUAUGUGGUUAUCAUUCGUAGCGGCAUCAGUCGUUCGCAGUUGUUGAACUUUUUGAUGGGCAUGAGUUCGGGGACACACGUACCCGUGACCAAUAAUGAAUUUGUGAAAAUGGUUCCGGUGACAGCGCUGCGCAUAGAACCAUACGACAAUGAGGGUAUUCUCACUGUCGAUGGGGAGCGCAUCGAAUUUGGUCCACUUCAGGCGGAAUUGUUGCCGAGUAUGGUGCGUGUUAUGGCACCAAAGUGAGCUUAGCCAAAUUGUGGUGGAAGUAAUAUUCAAAGUGUUGUGCACCAUUUAAUUCCUUUACGAUGGCUUUUAUUGUUAAACAUUUUGUAUCUUUUGUUAUUUAUAGUGAAUGUAUGUAUGUAUAUUACAUAAUAAAUGAUCAAAAAUGAAAUAAUCUAAU